AUGGCUCCGUCUAUUCUCAAUUUCAGAGGACUUCGGCGUCGUUCAAAAGCCAGCUUCAAGACCGACCGCUCAAACACCGACGUUUCUAGCGAUGCCAGCAACACAACCACCCCAACUGCCACAAGCGGUGCCUCGACCCCACCAUCCCUCGCUCAAGCCUCCGACCCUGCUCUCGAUCUCCAAGUGAAGGACUCCAGUCAUCCUCAAGCUCGUCCGCCGCUACAAAGCGUACCCAAUUCCCACCGGCACAGCGUGUCUGGUAUGGCUGGCCUUGGCUCACCUGUUGUGGGCGGUAAGUCGGCGUUGCCAAUUUCUCAAUACGCGCCGCGAAUCGCAAACAUAACCGACAAUGCCUGGGUCUACCAAAAAGUUCUCCUCGUACACGGCACAAUUGGCGAUCCCUUGCAGCACUCUCUUGACGGCACGCUGUCGGUCACACGCCUCGACGACAACUUUCCACCAACAUGUUGGCCCGCAUGCAGCUCUCAUUUCAAAGCCCUCGUCUACCUACAGCCAGGCCCCAAUAAAAUCCGCUUCGACUUCUCAAGUCCAAAGUUGCCGAACAGCUCGUCCUCUAAUCCGAUCCACGCAUCCUACUUGACGAUACACAUGUUGCCAGCGAACAAUGCACCCCCGCUGCAACUCGCUAUUGUCGUCGCCAAGGAUUCUCCCGAGACUUUCGAUGCCGUCCCCACAAGAAUCGAGCGAGAGGGCAACGGAUUGGAGACGGCAGUUCGCAAAUUCCGCAUGGCCGCCUACCUCUGGCAAGCCUUCACAGCUGAGCAAAUGUGGCGGAACAAGCUUGGACGCCGUGUCUUCAGAUUUGAGGAGGAAUGGACCGCCGGCACAUCGAACCAGCGGGAUCGUGAAAACGGAAAUCUACGCUCCGAGGCCAGAAUCCACAUCAUCAGAUCGGACAAGACGGUCGCCGAGAUCCGAGAUCUUGAGCUGGCCCAACAGAACGCACAGGCGAGCAAGAAGGGGGACCUAUACGGAAUAGCUGCCGAAGCGGUUAAAGAAUACUUCAGACCACUAGACGGCCAGAAGCAAUACGUUUCCGUGUUGAUGUUGGAUACGCAGUGGGAUAAGGAGGCCAAUGUUAUAAGGGGGCAUGCGGCACUCGGUGGAAAUGCAGGCGACUUGCACUUGGCCAUUUUCGGAUCCCACUGCUUGCAAAGCUACCCCACGAGUUUCGAAGAAGUCGUCCCUGCAUUCACGGAUUGCACACCGACUGACGUUGCCUACGUGGCCAAUGACUGCAACCAGGCUGGUAGCUCUUGGGAGGCAGCCAAUAUCGGAAUUGGUGCGCAUUUACAUGAGACAGGUCACCUUUUCGGAUGUCCUCACCAGGAAGCCGGGGUAAUGCUCCGCGACUACUUAACACUGAACCGCAGCUUCGUCACCCGCGAGGCAUUUUGCACCAGGACCAAGUCCAAGGGGGGGCUGGUUCUUCAAGACGACGAGUGCGGUUGGCAUCGUUUGGACUGCUUACGUUUCCGCACCCAUCCCUGCUUCAGGUUACCGAACGACCCUCCGAUGAACGCUGACGACAGUGUCCACGCUUUCCCAGUCGAGAGCGGAAAUGUGGUUGUGAUGGCAGCGACCGGAAUCGCAUUCAUCGAGCUAUUCGCUGAGGACGAUGAUCUCUGCCGAAAAUGGAUAGAGCAUCCCAUCGAGAACAGCUCGGUGCAACGUCAACUGACUUUGAAUGACCGCGAGUUACGCGAGAAGCUCCCAGAGAACAAGCGGAAGGGACGGCUUAGGGUGUCAGUGAAAUCGCACGGCGGAGGUACCUUGGAUAUCGAUGACUUCAAGAAGCUAUGUUCCAAAGAGUCUUCAUUCAAGCUAACCCCUGGUCCGCUCGGCAAGACAGCUUACCGAGGGAAGCCCCUGGGGAACUCGGCUAUGGAGGGCACCGAACCUCAGGAGGUCAUUUUUGAGAGCGGCGGAAAACAGAACCGGGUGCUUUCCCGAAUUAUUUUUUACCACGGAUACGCAGUGGACGGCAUGGAGUUUGUAUACGAUGACGACUCCACGCAGUUAUUUGGGAAGAGAGGAGGCAAGGAGGGCGGCGAUGUCUUCGAUUUUGACAUUCGCCGGGGUGAAUAUAUCUCGGGCUUUCAUGUCCGGUCGGGUUCUUGGAUUGAUGCAAUCCAGGUACUCACAAGCCUGGGUAGACGGUCGCCUAUAUUCGGCAAUGCUCAGGGCGGAUCUACACAUACUUUAAUACCCCCGAGAGGAUAUACCAUUUGCGGUGUGGCAGGCUCUUGUGCUGCCUGGGUCGACGGAUUCUCGAUCCUCAUUGUUCGAUAA